AUGUCAAGGAGGCCGCCGACCCGAAGGCCCUGGGCCCUGCCCUGCGCCCUCCCGCUCUGUGAAAUGGUGCCCUAUGCGAAAUAUACUAUUCUUCCAAAGUUCAACAUUGACUUUGUUGUAGCUCUGCUGAGGCAAGAAAAUGCUAAAGACAUCUGUGUCAUCCAGCUACCUCCAGAAAUAAAAUACUGUAAUUAUUUUAUAAUUGUGAGCGGAUCUUCAACACGACAUCUCCAUGCAAUGGCACAUUACAUGCUGAAAAUGGAGAAAGGACCAUUACAGCUAGGUAGCAUAGUGAUGCAUUUCAUGCUGCCAGAGACACGAGAGGUCUAUGAAUUGGAGAAGCUAUGGACUCUCGGUUCCUACGAUGACCAGUUAGCACAGAUAACUCCACAGUCACUGCCAGAAGACUUUAUAUUUGGACUGACUCCUAACAGCACAAACAUUACGCCAUUAUGUGAAGCCACAUUUAGUAGCCAGAACCAUACACAGUAUCCUGUCUCAAAGAGCACAGUAACAAAAGGAGUGCCCAGAAAAGAACACAGAGAGAGGGAACAGCUUCUGUGUGAACACACUAGGACUCUUACUGCUGGAAAGGGGUAA